GUGCUAGAAAAUGGCUCUACCUUUUGCUGUGGUCUUGCCGGGCCUCGGCGAGGUGAAGUCGUUCGAUGAACUUGGCAAGAAAUACCAAGAUUGGCUAGCAGGCCAGGAUGUGGCAGUGCAGGUUCUAUUGACAGGCCUGCAAUCAGCGGUACAGGGUGGCGUCCUCGGUUAUAUGUUCGGAAGCAUUAGUUCCUUCGAUCCGAACCAAAACGGCGCAGCCAAGCCUUCUAACCCAGCUCUUGAAAGCGUGGUCAAGGCUGGUCCAUGGGGCUCAGCUCGCAACCUGGCCGCCUUGACUGGCGUGCAGGCCGCCGCCAGUCUGGCGAUCAAGAAGGCUCGGAAUGGCAAGGAAGAUGUCUACAGUGCGAUGGGCGCCUCCUUCUUGUCGGGCGUGGCCUACUCGGUUGUUAGUGGGUCACCCAACCCAAUUCAAAGUGCUGUGACCACCGGCGCUGCGUUUGCCUUGUUCAACGGACUUAUCUAUCAGUUUGGUCAAGCAUUCAAGCCCGAAUUCGCGGAUACAGACUACGACCGGGGAAAGUACAUGCUGAAGACCCUUGGCCUGACGAAAUACGCUGACAACCUCAAGAAGGGCCUCCUAACGGACAACACGAUCAUGUUGUGGAACGACAGUGCGCUGGCGGAGUGCCGCAUCCCACCAGGACCACGGCUACUUAUCCUCCACCACCUCGACACGUACCGCAACCCCAGCAAUGUGCUGAAACCGGCUCUGCCCCUGCCGCCGCUCCCACCACAGCCCGUGGCCACAGCAUCUGCCAUAGCGGGACGAUAAUCGCCCGGGACAGCCUCUCAAGGGAAGGCGCUAUGAAAUAGGACAGGGGGGCGGCGUGUGCUGGGCAAUAGCGUGUGCCCCAUACGCAUGAGUGCGGACUGAUUCGAACGGAUAUACUGACUGGCGCGAGAUUACGGACGAAGGGUGCCCAUGAUGUCGUGUAGCGGGAGUAGGACUAGUGACUAUAGCGCUAUCACUUGUAUCUCCGCCACACCGCCGAGAUAUUGGCGGUUGCGUGGGCGGUAUGCUCAAACUGAAUUUGGGGACGUCUGUGGCAUACUAAUUUUCUGCAUGGCGGCAUUCUAAAGGCUUUGCUCUUAUAGCCUUGGGCAGGCGGGCAGAGUAUAGGAUUUGUGCACGUGCGGUUAGGGCGUCAAGGUAUUGGUUGGGUUCAGGCUUACGGUAGGGAUGGCGCUCUACCAGGAGCGCGUACAUGUGACUUAAGCUAGGAUUAAUGCAAGAGAUUCAGGGCAUUGUACCUAGAUGAACAGAUGAUGUGGGUGAGUAUAGACGCAGGAUGCCAUGGUUUGUCUGCACCUUGCAAGCAGUUCUUCGUUGUGUUGAACCUGAUGCCCUGGCACGAUUGAUGACGGGCUCCAUGGCGGUAUGGUUGUUUGCUAGCUAUGCAGGAUUCUGCUUUCCCACAGCAGGUGCAAAA